AUGCCCAAAAUUCGCACAACGAGGACGAAGAAGCCCCCAGAAGGGUUCGAAGACAUUGAAGGUAUCCUCGAUGAUUACGCCAAGAAGAUGCGUGACGCGGAGAACGAGUCUCACGAGGGCAAGCGCAAGGCAGAAUCGUUAUGGCCCAUCAUGAGGAUUUCUCAUACUCGCUCAAGGUACAUCUAUGAGCUGUACUACAAACGAGAGGCUAUCAGCAGAGAGUUGUACGACUGGCUCUUGAAGGAGGGCUACGCAGAUGCGAACUUGAUCGCCAAGUGGAAGAAACCCGGCUAUGAAAAGCUUUGCUGCCUUCGCUGCAUUCAGACUAGGGACAUGAACUAUCAGGGUUCUACUUGUAUCUGUCGCGUGCCAAAGGCACAGGUACGCCCUGGAACUGUGGUGGAAUGCGUCCAUUGUGGUUGUCGUGGAUGCAGCUCUGAUUCGUAA